AGAUUAUGGUAUCAUUUCCCGCGAUUUUUGUUUACGUUUUAUGAUAAUAUGACAGAUCUCAGAAUUUUUUUUUCUCCCCUGCAAUGAAAAUAAUGAGUUGAUCAUCACAUAUUGAAAUUGUUUGACUUUUGGGGAUUAAAAAUUACCAUGGUGAUGCUAGUAGAGUUGCAGGCCACAUGCAGUGCCCUUGGAUAUCAGGAAGGCAAGAAAUAUGUGAAAGAACCAGAUUGUCUAGAGACGGUGAAGGAUUUAAUUCGUUUUUUGAAAAGAGAAGACGAGACAUGUAACAUUAGGAGACAGUUGGGCGACGCAUGUAUUCUGCAGAAAGACAUUGUCCCGAUUCUGAAGCAGUACCAUUCGGACAGGGUGCUGUUUGAGGCCAUCAUUAGGUUGUUGGUAAACUUAACACAGCCAGCAGUUUUGUGCUUUAACAAUCAUGUCCCUGAGGAUAAGACCCUGAGGAACCAUUACCUGGAGAUUGAGGGCCAACUGCAGAAUUAUAAGGAGGUUUUCGUGGAUGAGGAAUUAUUUGGAGUUUUAACAAGAAAACUAGGAGAUCUUCUAAAACUGGACUGGGAACACAGACAGGAAGAGGACAGACUGCUGAUAGAGAGAAUGCUAAUCCUCAUCAGAAAUGUCCUCCAUGUUCCUCCCAACAUGGACAGGGAACAGAGGACAGAUGAUGACGCCAGUGUGCAUGAUCAAGUGAUCUGGGCCAUACAUUGCAGUGGCUUGGAAGACUUACUGCUUUACAUUGCCAGUUCAGAGGAUGAAAGAAAUUUUUCGAUGCACGUUUUAGAAAUUGUGUCGCUGAUGUUUAGAGAACAGACUCCAGACAUGUUGGCUACGGCGGGUGUGAGCAGAUCUAUGACAGAGAAAGAACGAGAUGAGAGGGAGCUUCAGAUGGCUAUAGAGCAGGAACAAGCACAGAGAAGGGUUAACAUGAUGAAAUACAGCACCAGGCACUCUAGGUUUGGAGGAACUUACGUGGUACAGAAUAUGAAGUCGAUUAGUGACCGAGACGUCAUAUUCCACAAAAACCAGAAAGAUGUUUCCAACUUGACAUUUGACAUCAAUAAGAAGCCGAAAAAGAAAGCCAAAAAUCGUCAGCCAAUCAAAGAACAGGAAGUGACGAGGCGGUCCACGCUGAGUAUCCGACUUGGGCUGAAGGAGUUUUGUGUUCAGUUCCUGGAGAGCUGCUACAAUCCUCUGAUGUAUGCUGUCAAGGACGUACUGAACCGAGAGAAAGCACAGGACCACGAUGAGACUUACUAUAUGUGGGCAAUGCGGUUCUUCAUGGAGUUCUGUAGACUGCACAGCAAGCAAGUGGAACUGGUCAGUGAGACUCUAUCGGUGCCAACCUUCCACUACAUCCAGGUACAGCUGUUCCAGUACUAUGAGAUGAUUAUGAUGGAGAAAAAAGAAGCCAAAAUCUGGGCUAAACGGGUGCAUCUGGCCUUGAAGGCUUAUCAGGAAUUACUAAUGACCCUGGAUACCAUGGAUAGGUCAGGCAACAGUCAGCUGAUGGAAAGUUCAAAGGUCAUCAAAAGUAACAUAUUCUACAUGAUGGAGUUUCGAGAUACUUUUCUAACUUUACUGAGAAAGUUUAAUGAAAGCACCCAGUCAAGGUCAUUUCUAAAAGAUCUGGUGGAAACAACUCAUCUGUUCUUGAAGAUGCUAGAGAGAAUGACCAAAGGGAAUUCCCAUCUCAUCGUUCAGAAGAAGAAAAACAAGAGGAGGAAAAAGAAGAAACAAAGAGCUGCCACAGCCCAGCCCGGGGAACCAACUCCAGAGGAGCUAGAGGAGAAAUGGGAUGAUAUAUCUGGAGAGUUGUCUUCCCUUAUACAAGGACGAGGAGAGUUACCAACAGAUGUCUCUCCAUUCGAUGCUGCAUCAGAAGUGGACAUAGACCAGCAAAGGGUAGAUGCCAUGAUUCGUAUUCAGGAUGCCCUUAGAGACAACAAUCCAGGAGAGGGGCUGGCUUUAUUAAGGGCCGCAAGAGAAGUAUGGCCGGAAAGGAACCAGUUUGGUGCAGAAGACAUUGCACCAGAGGAUGAGUUCAUGGCUGUCAGAGAAAUCUAUAUGUCUAACCUACCCAGACCCCCAGCAGAGCCUACAGCUGAUUUGAUAGAGGAAGAUUUGGAGGGUGAAGAAAUUGAAGAAGAAGAAAUGACUGCAGUAGAGUGUUCGGAGCAGGAAUUCAAUUUCAAAGAGUUUGUAGCAAAAUUUGGUAAGGCAGAGAUCCUUAAAUCCUAUGUCCUGCUACUGACUGACUUUCAGAAGAAUUCUGUCCACACAAAUCACUGUGUGGUCAAGAUGCUUCACCGCCUUGGGGUGGACAUGGGCUUUGUGGGAAUGCUGUUCCAGGCAUCACUGUUCAGGGUGUUCCAGAAAAUCCUGCUGUCUCCGCUAGCAAAAACGAAGAGAUACCAGGAAAUCGCUAAGUUUGCUACUUUUGUUGUGAGGCAUUUUGUGGAAGUUGCUGAGAAAAAUAAGAAAGUGUUCAUGGAGCUGCUGUUUUGGAAAAGUCACCGAGAAGCUUCAGAGAUUCAGGAUGGUUAUGGGUCUUAUCAAGGAAAAGUGAAGCAGAUUUGGACAGAGGACCAAGAGAUUGAAUUACAACGCCUGUUUGAAGAACACAGCACAGCAGAGGAAGGUGAUAUAGUAGAGAACAUCAUGAGAGACAUGAGUGACCAGUCCAAGACAAGGGGUCAGAUCAUACGACAACUGAAGAAACAAAGCCUGAUAGAGAGUGCUAAAGACCUCAAACAACAGAAAGGCAACAAGCGACCAGUAGGUUGGAAUGAGGAGCAGGACUUUGAACUGAGAAAUCUGUACGACAGAUUUAAGGAUACCAGCGAUCCAGUAGGAAACAUUUUAUCAAAUUUGACUGACAAAAGAAGUAGGGGCAAGGUGAUAGAGAAGCUGUGUGCCCUUGACCUUGUGCAAGACAGGAAAGAGCUGUAUAAAAAACGAAAACGAAAGCCCAAAAACCCAUGGGACGCUGGGGAGGAGGACAUGCCAAUAGUGGAUGAUUGGAGCAGUGGAGGAAGUGGAAAUGAGGGUCCAAAACGAAGGCAAUCUAGUGGUGAGUCAUCUGCUGAUUCCACCUCUUCCUCAGAAGAGGAGGAUAGCGAUGUUGAGGAAGAGGAAGAAGAAUCAGGUUCUCUCUCAGGUGUCAUCAACAUGACUGCUGUGAUUACCAAAUUAGUGGAGAAAGGAUAUAAAGACCAGAUUCUGUGGAUCCAGAGAUGUAUCAAACGAAAGGCUGAUGAUAAGGAAAAGAAAGAUAAUGCAGUAUCAGUGCCCAUUGUUCCCUUGACAGAAGAAAAUGAAACGGCGAUGGAAGACGAGAUGUUUCUGUCAUUUCUUCAGAAUAUUGGAAUUUCAUCACCUUCUAGUGAACAAGAGGCUUUCUGGAGAAUCCCAGGAGAAAUGGCUCUACAGGAACUAAGAAACUUGGAAGCUGGCUUGACACUCGACGAUGACGACAAACCAGUGGCUGCCGACAGAAUUCAAGUGAAGCAGUCAGGAACGACCCAGAAAGAGAAGAAAACCAAACAGAAGAAGAAGAAAGCGAAGAGGAGGGAUAAUAAAUUCGAGAACUUAUUGAAGCAGAUGGCAGAGAAGAGAAAACAGGAUAGAGAAGAUGGUCGCUUGACGAGGAGAGAACGAAAAAGGUUGUCUCCCCCUACCAGCAAUGCUAUCCCUUCAGAUGAUUCCAGCACUGCAGUGACAGGCCAGAAAGAGGCUGAGAUCCCAGCACCACCUAGCUCCACAGAAAAGAACAGAAAGGGAGUCUACUCCUCCACCAAGAAACGGAGAAUCAAAAGGUUGUUGGACUCGGACAGCGAAAAAAGUGAUGCUGAAACAGAAAAGGAAAACCAGAUGCCUCCAGACUCCGCGGGGGAGGAGGACGAUAAAGAAGAGGAGUCUCAUCAGACACAGCCGCUUCAGUUUGACAGUAGCGAUGAUGAUGAUGUUCCUCUCAUGACGAUGGGGAAGCGAAGCAGAGUGUCCGAGUCAGAGACCACACCAGAGGGCAAGAAGAGGAAGACGAUGACAGUGUCAGACGAUGAGUCAUCAGAUGAGAUGGGUAGAGGUGAGACGAGUUCUAACAAGAAAACAAAUCUGUCCUUUGAUUCGGAUGAAGACUCACAGCCUGGACCCGUGAACACUGAAGUCUCUAAAACAAACUUUAAAAGGCUGUUGAUGUCAGACGACAGUGAGGAUGAAGAGCCAUGGCAACCCACAAAAGAGUCAGCCUCUUUCCCAGCGACCUUACUGUCACAGCCACCAAAUGACUCGGAUAUGGAUGAUCAUGUUCCGCUACGAAAAGUUUUCCACAGGAAAAACCUGAUUUCUAGUGAUGAGGAAGAUUAAAUGUAGGGAAUAAAAAGAUUUGUGCAGCUGUGCGUGUGCCGGGAAAUACACCUGUUAAAGAUUUCUAGUGAUGAGGAAGAUUAAAUGUAGGGAAUAAAAAGAUUUCUAGUGAUGAGGAAGAUUAAAUGUAGGGAAUAAAAAGAUUUGUGCAGCUGUGCGUGUGCCAGGAAAUACACCUGUUAAAGAUUUCUAGUGAUGAGGAAGAUUAAAUGUAGGGAAUAAAAAGAUUUGUGCAGCUGUGCAUGUGCCAGGAAAUACACCUGUUAAAGAUUUCUUGGGGAGGCGAAAAUAAAGUGCUCCAGAACGGAAAAAAAUAUAUAUAAUGACACUGAACUUACUUCUAUGCAAAUGACUAUAUGUGCUAUGACCUUGAUAGUUUGAUGUGUGCAGGUAUUUGUGAGAUUGCUUUUAUGUAUGGGGAGAAUCUAAAAGCAAUUGUAUAACGAGCAUUGUGUAUUUGGUAUGAUCAGUAUGUAAUCAUUUUAUUGCCAUAAAUAAUUGGGCCACUAAACCUUGAUUUUACUUUGUACUACCAACUUUUUCCAUUGAUUGUAUUGCAUUAAUAUUGUACAGAAGAACAUUUGAUUCCAUAAAAGAGCAUGUUCUUGGUGAUAUUUGUUAGUGUUUAUUUAUGAUGUCACAAAUUGUGGAUUUUUUAGUUUUAAUUCUGGAUUAAAGUGCAGUGCAAUUUAUUAAAAGUUUUCUAACACUAGUUUUUGGUUGCAAAUGCAAAAGACAUGGUGAACUGUUAAGUUCUGUUGCAUUUCUUUUUUCUUUUUUCAUCAAAGUUUGCUUUUUUUAUUUUUUAUUUUUUUAUUAGCAUUGUACAAAUAGAAAUUAAAUGCAUCAUAAUAUAUACUUUUAAAGGGACUGAUUCACGAUUUUCCCCAAAAUUUUAUAUUUCACUUUUAAUGAUCAAAAUCUAUUGUCUGAUGUGUUUAAAAGAUUUCACAUAAGAAUUAAGCUUUAUAUACAUUAUCACAGAAGCUCAUUUUAGAGAGUUUAUCAUUUGUUUUGUAAACAAAGAUUGCGGUGUGUUAUUGUUUACGAAAGUUUCAAAAGAAAUGGAUAUCGAUCUAAGAAUAUUUAUAUCUUUCAUAUUUCAAGCAUUCUUUGGGUAAAAUGUGCCAUCUGAAAGUUAAAAUUUGUGAGUAUGCAAAUUUAAGAUGCUUUAUAUUACAAAAUUAACAUUUCACUGGUUUGUCUGUUGACAUGAAAAGACUCAAGUCUUUAUUUACAUAUCACAGAUUUAAGGCUAAAAUAUUGUUUUUAUUCUCGCGUUCAGAAGGUCAAAAUUUUGGCUGUCAACAUUAAAUCAGAUAUAUAUAUUUAAUGUUCAACAUCAAAAAUGAAAAAUAUUUUUUCUCAAAAAUCGUGAACCAGUCCAUUUAAAGGUAAGAUGUACAAUGGAUAUAUAAUCACUCAUACCAACUAUUCAUACUCCACUCAUACAUUUCAAAAAUAGGUGAAAUUAUACCAAAAAAAUAAUUAUUGACAUUGCUAUAAUAGUGUCAAAAAAAUAUAAAUUUAUACAAAACAUCCAGUAAAAAAUAUACUAUUCAGUGGGUUCAAAAUAUAGUGUUCCACAAAGUUUGUUUUCAUUUUUUGAUGUCUAUAUAAAUAUUCAUUAACAUUUAAGAAAUGAUAUCAGGCCUAAUUUUGAAGAAAAUAUUAUCAAAAUGCAAGAUUUAAUUACUCUAGUGACAUUGAAUUCUUUGUAUUGAUUGCCUACUAAAUCAUCAUUCAUAAAUUCUUCAAAGGAUCAAGAUUAAUGUUCUGAAGGUACAUGUACAGUGUACAUAUGACAAGGACAUGUAUCUCGUAAUUAAGCAUUGAAUGAUAUUUAUUUUUAGCUCACCUGAGCCAAAGGUUCAAGUAAGUUUUUCUUAUUAAAAUUUGUCCAGCAUCUGUUGUUGUCAUAUAUGUAGUUGUCGUCGUUAACUUUUCAUGUUUCCAUCUUCUCCAGAACCAAUUUCAAUCAAACUUGGCACAAAUCAUCCUUUAGUAAAGGGAAUUCAAGUUUUGUUCAAAUGAAAAGCCAUGCUCCCUUCUAAGGGGAGAUGCACAAGAAAAGGGUAAAAUAGGGUGGGUCAUUUAAAAAUCUUCGAGAACCACUGAGCCAGAAAAGUUGAAAAUACUAGCAAGUUUCAUGACAUAGUGUAGAGUGUCAUGACAUAGUGUAGAGUGUAGUUUUUCACAUCAUAGUUCCCAGAGGUAGGAUGAGGCCACAAUAUUCGUCAGAGUUUUACAUGAGGAUAUACACAGGGGGAAAAUCUUCUAAAUAACAGCAGAGCCACGAUUACUCAUAUUAAUGGGCAAGCAUCUCCAGGUAGAGCAGAUUCAAGUUUCUUCAAAGUCUGGCCCCCAGAAGUAGGUUAGGGCCACAAUAAAGGACCAGAGUUUCACAUGGGGAUAUAUAGGAAAUAUCUUUAAUAAUCAUCUUCUCAAGAACAACAUGGCCAUCAUUAGUCAUAUUAAUAUGCAAGCAUCUUCAGGUAGUUCAAAUUCAAGUUUGUUCAAUUUAGAGGUCCUAGGGUAGGGUGGGGCCACAAAGGGAGACCAAAGUUUUAUAUAGGAACAUCAGGG